CUUAUGAUGCAGAAGUGAGAGGCCACACUAGGUUUCUGUCAACCCCAACGGUCUUUUGUGAUGAGGACGUUGGCUGGCUGACAACGCCAAAUGGCCUUUGCAGACGGCAGUACUAUGGCACGGACGUUUUGGGGAGUUUUUCCUCCAGCAAACUGCAAUAUCCUCAGCUGUCUCAGUGAAAGGAGAAUCUGUUCCACUGGCUGGAAAUGUCGGUAUUUUUCCAGCUCAGGAAACUUGGAUCUACAUGGGACUCUCAUUUUUUUUGUCCUACUUGCCCUUGCAAAUCUCACAGUUCCUGUAGUCUCACAAGUUUCAGGUCGUCCAACUUUGACAGUUCAGAAGGAAGAAGAUGCUGAAGGAAUUCAAACCACAACAGAAUUUUUGCUGAGUACCGUGGGGGUGUUAACGAAUGAAAGUCACAAUGCAGAAAAUCUAACCUUUCUGCAAGAGAAUGUAUCAACGAAUGCUGUUAUAGAAGUGAUACCAGCUGAAGUGACAACACCAGCUGAAGUGACAAUGGCUCUCGGCACAAGCAUUGUGCAAUCCAACAACACUCCAGAAGAUUCCACACCUCAACUACCAUCUGUUGACCAAGAAAAGAGAAGAGAUGCUGAGAUGAAAGAAUAUCAUGAUAUCUUCAUUUAUGAUUACGAAUCCUUGCGCAAGUGGGGUUUGGUAGCUGCUGCCAUCCUUUUCAUCUUGGGCAUUCUCAUUCUUACCUGUGAUAAACAUGGGAAAUUUCCACGAUGCCGAGGGAAAAAGCAGGCAAGAACAUAUGUUGUGUCUCUGCCUUGAAACCUCUUUGCUGGAAGCCUCAAAAGACUUUUACUGGGAAUGCUUUGGCUCCAUCAGGGGGCAUCCUUUCUUAUGGCAAAGAAAUGUUUGAUGUUCUCCCAAAACCAUCUUCCUGCCAUCUGAGCUUUCCAUUUGUGCUUAUUAUGAUCUUGCAACAUAAGUUCAUUUCUAUUGUCGUCUCCCUAAAUUAUCUUUCCGUUACAUUAAACUAGUUCCUUGGCACAACCACAA